UGUUAGGACCCCGGGGGCGACACGUGACGUAUGUCAACAACAGGAAGCCUGAUCGCACGUUGCUGGUGAUGGCUCAGCAGGCGACGGCGGGGAGGCGUUACCUGCGGGCGUUCGUUAGCGGCUUCUUCGUUGCCGUUCCCGUCACCGUCACGGUCCUCGAUCGGUUCGCCUACGUGGCGCGAGUGGAGGGAGCGUCGAUGCAGCCCUUCCUGAACCCUGAGGGCGGGUCGGACUGUGACGUCGUCCUGCUGAACCGCUGGAGUGUGAGGAACUACCAGGUCCAACGAGGCGACAUCGUCUCCGUCAUGUCGCCCAAGAACCCCCAGCAGAAGAUCAUCAAGCGGGUCAUUGGCCUGGAGGGAGACUUCAUCAGGACUCUGGGCUACAAGAACCGGUACGUUCGAGUUCCCGACGGUCACUUCUGGAUCGAGGGGGAUCAUCACGGACACAGUCUGGACAGCAACAGCUUUGGGCCGGUGUCUGUGGGGCUGCUCCACGGCCGGGCCUCUCACAUCAUCUGGCCGCCACAUCGUUGGCAGCAAAUCAAACCGUCUCUACCUGCAAACAGAGGACCGCUGGACACUCAGGAAGAGGAGGGAUGAAGACACCAACACGCAAACAUACAGUUCAGAUACGUCGUAACGUCAUCUGAAGUAGACGAGGUGUUCGUCAGCUGUUCGUCCGGACCGACAGACCUUCUUUUUAAAAUGUCAAAUUCAGGGAAACAGACGCUGGAGUCGGUCAGACAGAUCGAUCUGCAGCCGUCAUGUGAACUGUUUGUAUGUUUCGUUAAUGUCACCACAGUUCAGGCGUUACUGAGUGAUUGUCACAGAGCGAGCAGCCGACACGACUGAUCCUCUGGUGUCAGCGUCCAGCAUGUGACUGCUGCUUCUCUGCUUUAUUUCACUGUCAGCUGAGUAUUAUUUGUUUUGGAUUGUUGGCCGAAUAAAAACAGAUUUGAAAACAUU